AUUUGAACAGUCGUAUGUGGCAGUGCCCGACCUGCGCAUAGAACUACAUCUCCCAGACUGUGUUUAUUGGUUUGCACCCAUUUAUAGCAACUGUCGUGUAUCUCACCGCCUGUUGAACACGGUCUGACUGCGACAGGAGAAGGUUCAGGUGACUGUGUCCCUCAUAAACUCCGGGAUGAAUGACGGAACGGAGGAAGAGACGGUCCCCGUUAUAAUGGAGACCUCAUCGUUCUCACAGGUAGUUUUCAACGAUGUUCCUCCAUCAUAUCCGCCAAACAUUGCUGUUACGUGUCGGUACACUCUUACCGGUGCUCUACAGCCCAGCUCGAGGGACUGGAUUGGUAUCUAUAAGGUUGGUUGGAAUUCAACACAGAAGUAUUAUACCUACGUAUGGGUGGACCCUCCCCUAGGCCAUGUCGGACCUGAACCGCUUGUGCAACAAGUGGUUUUCAAAGAGGGCUACCUACCCAAGGAUGAUGGGGAGUUUUACCAGUUCUGUUAUGUGGACAGCUUCGGUCAUGUCAAAGGAGCAAGCACCCCAUUCUGCUUUCAAAAUCCAGCAGAAACAAGCCUUGGCUCCAGCUUGGAGAAAGACCUGUUAGUCAUAACAACACAGGAGCAGGCAGAAAAGUUGGAGAAAGAGAAAGAGGACUUUGUGAAAGAGAUCGAGCCGUUAAAAGAAACAAAUGCUAUUCUGAAAUCUGAGUUGGAUGAAAGACUGCAUGAAAUCCGCCGUCUCAGGAGCUCCAUGGAAGAUAUGAAUCCAAAGGAUAAACCAGAGUCACCAUUGCCAGAUGUACAGAGUUAUACUUCCACUGAGGAGCCACUGACAUGUCUGCAAGAAAAGUACCAGAGAGCUGUUCAAAAGAUCCAGUUGCUUAAGAAAGAAAGGACAGAGUUACAGCAAGAGCUUGGACUCAAAGAUGAGGAAAUCCUAGGGCUAAAUACCUUGCUGAAAGAAGCAGAGCAAAAUUACAACAAAGUACAGGACCAGGUCAAGCUGCUACAGGUGGAUGUGCAAAGCAGCAGGAAAGACUAUGAGAAACUGCAUGCUGAAAUCCAGGAGCUUAGGAUGAAAAGAGCUCUGGAAGACCGGAGGGCUGAAAACAAAUCAUUACAAACAUCCAUUUUAGAGCAAGAAGCCCAAAGGAAAGAAGAAAACAAAGUACAGAUUCAGGCCUUGCUCGCUCAGCUGGCAGAGGCCAGAGGGCUGCUUCGCAGUGAGGUGCAGAGUUGCAAAGAUGCCAGCAAACGUGCAGACAGCAAGCAGGAAUUGAAGGAAGUGAAACGGAAGCUGGAGGAGAUGGCCUUGAAACAGGCUGAGGACGAGAAUACCAAUCAAGUCCAGGCACAACUUCAGCAGGCACAAGACAAAAUUUAUGAAAUGGCAGAGACAUCAAGAUCAGAGAGAGAGAACCUUGUGAAAAGGAAUGAGGAACUGCAGGCAGAAUUAAACAAGCUUCGUAGGACAUUGUUUGACUACCAGGUUGCAUCUGUUGCUGCAAUGUCUGAUCAACUAUCCAACCCUCAAAGCCCAGCAGCCUCCCAGGAGCAACCAUACCCACUUGACCCUCAUUUAUAUGAGAGCAUUGAUCACACGACAGCAAACCCUGCAGGAAGAGAGCUUGAGACCAGGGUGUGCCAGCACUGUCAUGAGGGCUUUCCUGGCGUCACCGAGGAUGAACUGGCAGAACAUGAGCAGUCUCACAAAGUGUGUCCGUUGUGCACUCUGAUCUGUGACGAUAUGGGACAGCAGGAGUUUGAAGAUCACGUCUACAGUCAUGAGAUUUAGUCAAUUCUUUCAUACUGUCUUUUAAAAAAUAUGCUGGUGCUUUUUAAAGUACUGAAUGGUCCCUAAACAAGGAUUUUUUUUAUUAUUAUGUAAUGAAUGUAAUGUAUUACCGAAGAAACUGGAACUAAAUAUCCAAUUAAAUGAUAAAAUAAUAGUACAUAUAAUACAAAUGUAGGAUAAAUUAUUCUUACAUAACCAUUGGCAUAAUCGUAUUUACCCAAAUUUAUUUCCAGUGGUUAAUCAAGCGUUGAAAUAAUAAACAUUAUUGUGAGAAA